CGCCAGACGAGACACGGACCUUGCACAAGGUCACUGCCAGUGGUUCAAUUGGACAGUCGGCCGACCUCUACAGGUACCUUCCAUCUGGCCAUGUAUGUGAGGUACGUAUACAGGUAGCAUGCACUGUAGUAUGUUGUACCAUAGGGAGUCUCCUCGACUGUCUUCGCCGCCGCCGCCGCCGCCGCCGCCGCCACUCACCACCUCCUGGCCUGGCCCUCUUGCUUCCUCCUCCUCCUCCUCCUCCUCCUCCUCCAACCCAUUGUCGCUCCUUUUUGACACCCUCCUUGGCCUGCCGGAGAUCAUCGUCUUCCGGCGUCCGCUCUCUUUCCGUUCCGGCUACGUCAGCCGACACAGACCGUUUCUUCAUCACGUUCCUUCAAGCCCUCGACCGGACCGUCACCAUAACCCGCCCUUGACCGGUCAUCCGCUCGACACCGCGUAUAAUCCACUCCUUUACACCCCGGGAUCGACGCCACGACCUCUGCUGGCUCAGAGGCGGCUGCGCUCUUUGUCCGAACAAAGCAACAACAAGAAGAACAACAACACCAACAGCACUCACCUCGUCUCCCAAUGCGCUUGCUCAAAAUCGCCCUCGCGGCCGCGACGCUGCUGGGCCACCAUGCCUUGGCCCAGGUUCACACCGACUGCGACCCCCUCCAAAAGGAGUGCCCUGCCGAUCCCGCCUGGGGCACCUCGCACCUCUUCCACUUCAACGCGACGCCGUCCAACGACCUCUGGGAGACGACGGCCGGCACCGUCACCUACGAUGCCGACAAGGGCGCCGGCUUCACCAUCGCCAAGCAGGGCGACUCCCCCACCAUCCGCACAAAGUUUUACUUCUUCUUCGGCCGCACCGAGAUCCUCCUCAAGGUCGCCCCCGGCCGCGGCGUUGUCAGCUCCAUGAUGUGGCUCAGCGAUGACCUCGACGAGGUCGACUGGGAGUUCCUCGGCUCCAACACCACCUUUGCCACCACAAACUACUUUGGCAAGGGCCGUCAGGACUGGCGCAACGGCGGCGCCCACCCCAUGACGGGCAUGCAGGACGACUACCACAACUACACCACCGUCUGGACCAAGGAGCAGAUCGACUGGUUCAUCGACGGCAACCACGUCCGCACCCUCGUCGCCAAGGACGCCAACAACACGGAAAACUACCCCCAGACCCCCAUGCGCAUGAGCGUCGGCAUCUGGGCCGGCGGCGACCCUUCCCUGCCCGAGGGCACCCGCAAGUGGGCUGGCGGCGACACCGACUACGGCUCGGGGCCCUACACCAUGUAUCUCAAGGCCGCCCGCGUCACCGACUUCUCGUCGGGCAAGGAGUACUCGUAUGGCGACAGGUCCGGCAGCUGGCACAGCAUCAAAAUCGCUGCCGGCAACUCGACGGCCCUCGAGGCCCUCAACAAGGAGCCCGACAAGUCCAUCAGCGAGAAGUGGGCCGCCCUGCCCUCCAGCACCAAGAUCGGCAUCUAUGCCGGAGCCGGAGGCUUCGUUGCACUUGCCGGCGGCGCGCUUCUCUUCUACUUCCUGCGCCAGCGCCGCAGGGGCGCCAGGGAGGCGCGCCUCGCCGAAGAGCGUGCCGCGGCGGAGCGCCAUGAAAUGGAGCACUUUCAGAAAAAGGGCAUCAACCCCGACGGGUUUUCCGAGUACGGCCACGAGUACGACGCCCGCGAGGUCCGCAAGGGCGGCUACGGCGACGCCGACUCCUACCACGUCCCCGAGACGACGGCGGCGAGCCCCUUGGGCGAAGGCGCCUGGGGAGCCGCGGCGGCGGCUGGCGGCAUGCACCACGCGCAGAACCACCGUAUGGCCAGCCCGGCGCCCUCGGCGCGCGGACCGGGGAGCCCGCGCGGCUUCGACUUCGGCGUGCCGCCAAGCCCCGGUCCGUCUCCCUCGGGGCCGCUGCCGUCGCCGAACCGGAACCAGAUGCGGAGCGAAUCGGGGCCGGGCGCAUACGGCAACAUGGCGCGGAUGCAGAGCCCCGGUCCUCCGCCGGCGAGGAGCUUCACGGACAUACAGAGGGGUCCGAGCCCCGGCCAUCCCCGAGGCGGAUACUAGUGAGGACGCUGCAUGUGCUUUCGGUAGGAUAUUGGAAGGGGCGCUUGGGUGUUAUUGUGCUCGGUCGCGGCCGUGCUGGCGCUGGCGAAACUGGCUGCGUCUUCUGGCGCGUUCAAUCUGCUCUACCUGGAGGGCUCUACUUGUGUUUUGUUAUUAUUUAUGUUGGGACAUUUCUCCGCGAUCGGACCCUGGACAGACAAGCUUUGGCAUCGAAUACGUCUUGCGCGCCUGCUUGCUGCUGCGCUUGUGAUGCGUGCGUGAGGUUGGGCGACGAGGGUGGCUUUCAACGGCUGCGAUGGAGGGUGUAGCCUUCUUAAAACCAGCUGCUGUCCUGCAACGGCAGACCAAAAAGAGGCAUUUAGUUGACGAUGCCGUGCCGUCUAACAUAGCUCCUGCGGACUGCCACGGUACUAACUUGGCAGCCGGGCAAGCCGACUUGCAUGAGGCGGCGGCCAGAGCAGCAGAUUACUGGCGGCAAAUCUUGGAUCUGACAGAGCUAGAGGUCGCAAUUGAUGGAGCUAACCUCGAGGUGGG